GAUCUGUUAUUGUUCAGUUGACAAUUGACAUAUUAGGUCAUCAUUGCUGUCACGUUGUCAGUCCCAAUUGCUCCCGUUUCGUGGCUGAACUAACUCUGGAGACUAGGUCUAUCACACUUUUAACUAGCAAUACCAUUGAAAGUUUCAGAUGCCAAGUAAGGGCUUGGAGAUUUAAGAAUGAAUGGCAAGGUUUGCCUAAAUGUCAUCUGUGUUAUUCCCAAGAAUUCAACUAUUUAUCCCCAAAGUUUGGCGCUUGCCCAGAAAUGCUGCAAGGAACAUGGAUUUAAUGUUGAUCGGAUCACAGAAGAAGAUUGCAUGAAGUUACAGCCCUGCAGAAAAGAUAUCUUCAUUUUAGCUGAAUUUGAUGGACCAUUAUUUGAAUUCCUCAAAAGUUGCAAUUCUAAAGUUGUUGGUCCCCAAUGUAUGUUGGCUUUCAUUAACAAUGAAGAACCCCUUCCUGAUGUCUCAAUGUCAGUCUUCAAUUUUGCCAUGAAAGGGAUAGUGGUGACAUCAACAGGAUUAUCCUCACAAGAGAAGAAGACAAUUCAAGAGAAAAUCCAAUUCAUGGGUGGUAAUUACUCACCAGAGUUUUCUGCCAACAUCACUCAUCUCAUUGUCAAAAGUGUGGCCGACUUUAGCCCGAAAUUCAAAGUAGCCGUGGGGAGACGAAUCCCAAGAAUGAUUCCAGACUGGAUCGACGCUGUUUGGGAUGCAAAUUUAGAAGAAACUAUCCAUGCAACAGAUCCUAUCUUUACCAGGUUACAUUGCCCUAUUUUCCAUGGAUGUAUAGUGUCUGCUUCACAAAUCUCGGUCGAAGAGCGUGAAUCCAUCAAGAAAAUUAUUCGAGCCAACGGUGGUCAAUACUCUGCUAAACUCGAGAGAGGUAAAACGAAUAUUGUUAUCAUACCCUCGGCCGAAGGAGAAAAGUACAGACAUGCUAGACAGUGGAAGAUCCUCUGCCUCAAACCAGAAUGGAUUCAAGCUUCGUUAGAAGAAGGCUACGCUGUAGAUCCGAAAUGCUUCACUUUAAAUGAGACUAAUACCACACUGCCUUCUAAUAAGUCUUCUACCCUAAAAGCCCAUAGCCGUUCUUUUGCAAAUUUGGGCAAUAGUAGCGUGAACAGUACCAUUUUUGACGAAAACCAACAAACGUGUCAACCAAUUGAUGAAACUGCUAUUGGGUACCCGUGUUCGUUCUCCAAGCCUCAACGAUAUGGUUCUCUGCAAAGAGAACCUCUGGACUGUUUGAAUUUAACUCUGUCUGUUAACGCAGGACCCUUUCUGAAAGGUUGCAAAAUUUUCCUAAGCGGUUUCAAUAGCCCCCAAUUGGAGAAACUUCGGCGGAUUCUCAGCAAUGCCGGCGUGACCCGAUCCUUCGUCGUUAACAAAUCAAUAUCUCAUGUUAUCGUGGGAGAAACAGUGAAAGUAGAUUGGGAUCAACUGAUGAGGUUGGAAAACAAGCCUCACGUUGUAACAGUCGAAUGGCUAGCACAGAGUCUGCGCUUGAAAAGUGCUGCACCCGAAGCUGAUUACCUACACCCAGAAUGGGAGGACCUUAGCAAUUUCUGUGAUACAAAGGGGGCGUCAAAGGAUCAUCCGCCUAUAGAGAAAAUUGAUGAUUCUCUAGAAGAGAUGCAGUUAACUCUACAAACUUUGAUCACAGACCAAAUAGAGGAAGAAGAAGCUGAAAAGUCCCUUCCAACCGAGGCAGUCCUAUCCGAUUUGACUUUGAAAAGUGACAGUCUGGAAACAUAUUCAGUUAGUUCCAUGAAUGGCCUCAUUGCAUCAAGCAAGCGUAGUCCAGUGGUAACGAAGAAUCACCUGUGCAUAGUGACUGAGUCAAUGUUCGGUGAAUCAGCGAACUGUGACACUCCAUCGUAUUUACAUCCUUCCAGAAAUGGUACAAAUACUUUGUGUAUAACCCCUGAACCCCGGCCAGCUCUUUGUAAUAUGCUCACACCUGAUACUCCAUACGGACGCUUACUCAAUCCGGACCCUUCACCUGGCACGCGAAAAAUGUGGAAACACGCUUUAGAUAAUCGGGUCCGCUUGACGCCCCGUGCAGAUGAAUCCGUGGAUGUUUCUACAUCACCCCACGUAUUUCAUCCUAUCGAGAUUUUCCCUGGAAUUACCGAGUAUUUCCAUAAUUUAACAAAGCGAAUGCUACGUGAUUGUCUAUCGGCUGGAGAUGCUGCGGAUAACACAGCAUCGACUGAUUUAAGCAAAACGCAGAAGACUGUCGCAUCCCAAUCGGUUGCUUCCGCGUAUUGCGUCAUGUUUUCUGGCAUGUCACAAGAAGAUCGUGACAGCUGCACAGAAAUCCUUGAAAAUUUAGGCGGAACAGUGAUCAGUGCUAAUCAGUACGAUCCUGCAUGUACUCACCUUGUCGUUGCUAAACUUGGGUGUAACGAGAAGCUGUUGACGUCGAUGGCCGCCGGCAAGUGGAUCGUUCAUCCCGGAUGGGUGUACGAGAGUGAAAAAAUGCGUCGUUUUGUUGACGAACGCAAAUACGAAUGGGGAAAUCCUACGUGCAAUGAUUCCAUCUCUAAGGAGGAAGCGAAAAUUGCUGCGGCUGCUUAUUAUUGGCGCGUUAAUCGAAAUCGAGACUUCCCGGCCGGCCCGUUCCAAGGCAUCACAGCCGAGCUUCACCUUGGCGAUGAAAACGAUUCCUUUCAGCGUUUACUUGAAGCCGGCGGAGGAGAGGUGGUUUCCCCAGGUUCAAUCUUCUGCUUUAGGUCAGCGUUGGAUAAUAGCAAAACCAAUCUCUGCAUUGUAGAAAAUCGGGAAAUGAAGAAACGUCAACUUUCCUUGUAUGCCAGUAAAGGCUUAUAUUGCGUCCCGCCCGUCUAUCUGAGGAAUCUUAUCCUGGCCGUGGGCAACAAGCUGCAAUGGAGUGAAUCAGUUUUGCCAGUGUUCCUUCCUUAUCUUUCAAUGGCUUCAGGUAGAAGAAGUUCCAGAUACAAGUGAAUCCUGCUGGAACAAAUGCGGACAACACAGCAGCCAAUGACAUCCGUUCCAGGUGCCGCAAUGGGGGCGAAAUCCAGUGAACUCGGCAACAUUUGAAGCCAUUGGGACGAGUUCAUAAGGAAGUUAAAGAACAUUAACUUCAUAUCGGAUGUAAGACACUUCCAUUUAGCCCAAAUAGACGACUACCUCAGCGACAAUCACAAACCGAAUGUCCGUCGUCUGAGAAAAUGCUUGUGAAAUAUUCCUUCUCUUGCAAUCGGUUAGAUUCUUUCACCUCUAAAUGAAAAUCAGAUCAAAUCUAGAUGCACAAUGCAGUGAAAACAAUCAGAAUGCCAAAAUCCAACAAGUAUUUUAAAUUGCUACAAUACAUUUGGAUGAAAAAAGUAAAAAAUAAAAGUAAAAAGAAUUCUUUUAACUUUAAGCGCGUAGCAUUGUGUGAUUCUGUAAAAUCAUGGCUAAAACAAUGACAUUCUAAACAGAUUGUUUUCUCACCUCCGCUGACCAAAUGAUUUAUGUCCCACGACUUCCGGAUUCAAGAAAUCGACCAUACGAUGAAAAUGCUAGCGCAUUUAUCGCGGAUCAUCAGUAAGGCGUCGUGACUUUUGUUCGUUUUCCAGAGGAUUCCUCCUCUAACCUACUAGAGGAGCGACGUCAGCUGAAGACGCUGGAAUUGGCUGAGAAGGAGGAAGAACGACGCAUGGAAGAAUUGCGUCAACAGGCCGAAGACGAAGCUAUCGCAGAGGAACGAAGAAGAAUCUUGGAGCAACACGCUCCGCUUUUGAUUGGUUUCUUGCCACCUGGUCUGUUUUGGAACAUGGCAGAAAUGAGUUCCCUACCCGAAAACAUCCAGGCCCAGUUCCGUCGGUACGUCCCGAUUCAAGACAAUCCAGAUUUAUGGUUAAUUUCGAAUCUAUUUACUUAUCUUUGCAUAGUUGAAGUGUUUGUGUAUUUUCUUGGUGUGGGUUCGUUGAUUCGUUCGUCCUGAUAUCGUGUGUCCACAAUCCAAAUCUCUACUAAAUGAUCCAUACCCUAAACUCAAACAUGAGUCAAUUA